AUGCGCAUGGACAUCCAGGGAGGGGAUGGUGUGUGUGGCAUCAACGUGCUGCCUGGCAUCUACCCCAUUGUGAAGAGUGAGGCAACUUCCUCCAUUGUUCUCCACAUCUCCAUCCCCCCCUUUGAGCACUCACAGUGUCAACUAUUGGACGUGUGUGGGGCUGACUUGAAGAACCCCUGCUACGUGGGCACAUGCAUCAAUGACGGCAAGGGCUCCUACUCCUGCAUCUGCCCUCCCAACUACGUUGAAAGCACAACCAUUGACAACUUCCCCACCUCCGAUCCAGCCAACGUCACAGCCAACACCAUGGCAGUGAGUGGGAGCAACUGGUGGUGCUCCGAUGUCCUUCCUCUUGUGGGCCUCUCACUUGCCCAAUUUGCGCAGCUGAAUGCGGCCAUUGACUGCAGUCAUCCUUUGCCUCGUAACCUCGUGCUUCAGCUGGGGAGUUUUCUCCUCGUUCCCUGCACCGCAUUCUUCUACACCCUCAGUCACGGCAACGCUGUCUUAUCAACUCCACCGUGCUUAUUGUACUGCCGUGCUCCAUUAACCUCAGCCAUCUGUGCCUUCUCCCGUGGUUCAACCCUCCAGGGCGACACAUGCUGGUCCAUCAGCGCCCAGCUGGGCUUCACCAGCAGCAACCUCACGGCUCUCAAUCCCGGCCUCGGCUGCUCAGAGCCCAUCAAGGCGGGCCGCUCUCUGUGCGUCGAGCGUAAUGCCACCUUUGCCUUCACCGUGCCUCGGUGCUUGCAAUACGGUGUGCUCACAGCACAGGACACAUGUGAGCGCCUGCUGCAGCAGGUGGCGGGGAGUGAGGAAGACCCAUCGGGGGCUGUGAAGGUGAAUGCCAUGCGCUGGGCUGAGCUGUACCGCAACAAUCCCGGCCUCAUCUGCUCGAGUGUCAUCCCAGUCUCCGCCUCUGCUGUUGGCAGCAACAGUGGCGUGCAGGUAAGGGGUGGAGGGGAACUAGGUCGGGGCCGCAAGAGAUGGGAAGGAAAUGGAGGGAAAAUUGGUGGGUGA